AUGAAUAGGCAGGCUUUGCUUUUGCACGGCUUGUGUUGCAUUGGACCACACCUAAUAGCCGCCCUAAUUUCUCCCGUUUACGAUAUCAAAUCGUGGUACGAUGCCAUCGCUGCCAUACCAAUCGUCCUUUCGGUAUGCAUAGCUUUACGCAAUAAAUUUUUCUUCCGUGGCAUCCUUCACGUCGCCUGCAUCCUCCUCGGCAUUAUCAGCCAGGAAGUGUCACGUCAACCACGCAGCAUUGACUGGAACCAACUGGGAAAUCCGCAAUUUAUCCCUAUCUAUUUGUGCACGACACACGUAAUUAAAGGUAUAGGAACUUGCGUGAAAUUAUUUCCGUCGGCGGUAGUCAUUAACUCUCCCAACAAAUACACGGCCAGCUGGAGAGACUACGUAGGAUGGAGCAUGUCCAUUCUUUCCAGUGUUUACUUUCUGCAAGAGCCAAAUAUCUACCGAAAUAAUAAGGGAAUGGCCGAGUGGCGAAGGACAUUUGCCCAGGUUGAAACACUUCACUGGGCAGGAUUAGCUUUGAGUGCUUCCACUAAUUUUGAAGCGUUCGGGUGGUUCUUCGUUCUGUUUAAUUCACUCCAAUCGCUUCUAGCUCAUAGUUUCUUUUAUAGCUACACCGAUGAUCGUUGACGUUGAAAUACGAACAUAGGGAAACAAGCAAUAGUGAGGAGGUAGUAUUAUAAGAGAAGUAUUUUCUAUGAUACUUACCGACGGGGGAAAAUUCGAAGCUGAACGCACAAGUGAUACGAGAGUUAAUGUAAUGGUUCCUCGUGACUUGCAAAUAGUUCCAGAAAUAUGUUUCAAUUGUGGUAUAGCGACGUCAUUCUUCUUUCAAUUGAAAAAUAUCGUGCUGAAAAAUCAUGUAAACUGGGGAUCACAUUCUCGGCAUUGCAAGUGAGCCAAUUCCUUACCGCUAACAAUAAGCUAACCAAAACGAGAAAUUCUUACAUAACUAACCUGUAAAUAUGAAUUUGGUAACAUACCAUUUGCUCAUCCAUGUCGAUACCUCGAUUCAUUCCUCCCGUUCAACGUUUAUCAAGUUUUCAU